AUGCGCCCGAUCAUUCCCCCCGCGUCCCCCCACCACCCCGCACCCCACCCCCCAGUGCUGCACACAUCCGCCAGCCUCACCAUCAAUGAGAACGCCAGCCCAGACGUGCCUCUGGACAUGGAGGACGCUCUCAACCGCAUUGCACCGGAGGGCAACCAUUACCGCCACUUAGAUGAGGGCUAUGAUGACAUGCCAGGUGCGUUGCUUCCCCUUCCCUUCCUCUCAACCAAAAUGCACCGGAGGGAAACCAUUAUCGCCACCUGGACGUGGGCUAUGACGACAUGCCAGGGCACCCAUUAUCACCGCUGUCGCCUCGGGGAGGGUAAUGAUGACAUGACAUGCCAGGUGCGUUCCUCUUCCUCUCCAACCCCCUUCGCAACCCCGUUGCACCUUAUCGCUCUCAACCGCAUUGCACCGGAGGGCAACCAUUACUGCCACCUGGACGAGGGCUAUGACGACAUGCCAGCCCACGUGAAGUCAUCGCUAAUGGGGUGCUCGCUCACCGUCCCCAUCAUGUCUGGUCGCUUCAAGCUUGGCACAUGGCAGGGCAUCUAUCUGAACGAGCACCGUAACUACGGGGGGGCAAGGCAGCUGUGCAUUACCAUUCAGGGGGAGAAGCGCACUGAUGGGCGGGUCUAUAGAUGA